CCGGCCGGAACCGUGAACACGUCUCUCGGCUGGAGUGACGACGCUCAGUGAGUUGUGGCCGCUCUCAGGCAGGGUGUGCUCUUGUUUUCUUUAUUUCCUCUCUGUGCGGUGGAAGAGGCAGAUGCUGUCCGCGCAGAAAGCGAUGAAAAGAGCUGGAACAGUUGGCUUGUUCACACCGAAGACCUCAGCCGGAGGAGGAGGAGAAGGCGGGCUGCUGCUGCUGCUGGUGGUGGCCGCUAUUCAGCGCCGUUUCUCCGGGUUUCCUCCGCUGCAAACAGAUGGACGGAGCAGGACGCUAACCCCUAACCAUUAGCUCCACACAGCACACACUUUCCCCCCUGGAUUCUUCCUGGUUGUCGGUUCUGAAACGGUCCAGAAAGAUGUUGACGGGAUCCAGAACGACGUUCAAAGUGAGGCAGAUGCUCCCAGACAUUAAGGAGAGGAUGCUGAGCCAGAGCAGCAUCGGCGCCAGGAGUCGAGACGUGUUUGGACUCCGGUGUUUACCAGGUGAAUGUGUCCUCCAGAGGACGGUGAUGGUGAGGAAGAAGCUGACGGCCAGGGAGGGCAGAGGAUGGCUCUCUGGUACCCUUUUCUGCACCCACUUCAGAGUGGCGUUUGUUCCCCAGGACAGUCCCAAAGCUGAUGACAACUCGGAUCCAAUCCUCCUGGGCGAUCAUGACAUAGCUCUGGCAUCUAUAGAGAAAGUGGUGGCUGUUGGACCCAACAGAACCAAGCUGGUGACUCCGAACUCGUCCCUGAAGUUUACUCCGGAGGAGCUGGUGCUCUACUGUCGGGACAUGAGAGUCAUGUGCUUCCUGUUUGACCGUCUGACCCCCGAUGCGCAGGUCAUAGAGAUAACCUACAUCAUCGCCAAGACCUACCAGCCUCUCAAACCCGGCUCCGUUUUGGCCUUCCAGAACGGAGCCCUGGGGAGUGUAGAAAUGAAGCAGUUCCUAAGCAACCGCCGCCGAGACUCCCACAUGAACUGGUUUGAAUCCGCCUCAGACUGGGAGCAGGAGCUGGAGCGCUGCGGCGCCACGAGCUGGAGGGUCAGCUCCGUCAACGACCGCUUCGAAAUGUCCAACAGCCUGUCGAGGUUCAUCGUCGUUCCGCAGAAGGUUUUGGACACGGAGCUGAAGAAGAGUUUUGCCCACUUUAAUGAAGGACGGAUACCUCGCUGGUGCUGGAGGCAUCCCAGAGGCAGUGACCUGCUGCGCAUGUCCAGCUUCCAGAACAACAUCUACCACGAGAAAGACGACAUCAGGAACCUGGAGAUGGUUCUGUUCGGCUGUCAGUCGUCUCUGUGCGUGGUGGUGGAGCUGGGCGAUGAUCUGCCGUCGCCCGCCGACAUCCAGCUGGCUCACAGCCGCCUGCGGGCCCUUUGUCUGGGAGAUAUCUCCUCGUCUGUGUCAGUGCCUGAUGAUAAGUGGUUAUCCACGCUGGAGGGAACGCACUGGCUGGACUACAUCAGGUCGUGUCUGAGGAAAGCGUCAGAGGUUUCCUGUUUGCUGCGCAGCGGUCACCUGACUGUGGCCCUGCAGGAGGUAGAGGACCGUGACAUGAGCUGCCUGGUGUCCAGCCUGGUCCAGGUGAUGUGCGACCCCCACUAUCGGACCCAGCACGGCUUCCAGGGCCUGGUGCAGAAGGAGUGGGUGAUGGCCGGCCACCGCUUCUACAGCCGCAUCAACUACCACCGGGACAGCGACAAGGAGGAGUCUCCGGUCUUCCUGCUCUUUCUGGACUGCGUCUGGCACUUGUGGUUCCAGUUCCCGUCCCGUUUCCAGCUGACAGACGACUUCCUGUUGGCCCUGCACGACAGCGUCCACCUGCCGCUCUUCUCCACCUUCCUGUCAAACUGCCAGCGGGAGAGAUGCAAACGCUCCCAGAACGUGGGCCAGUUGUACACGCCUAUUAACGGCUGGAGGGACAUGCUGGGUCCGGACUCUUCCUCUGACACGUCGGACCCUCCGCUGCCUCCGGUUUGGGACUGGGCCCUGCAGUACAGUCGGGAGAGGCGGGACGGCUUUGCCCAACCCGUCACCCCGACGCCGCCGCUCCAGCCGCUGCUGAACGGAAACCUCAACACCAACCUGGACACACACAGGCUGCCCGACGCCGGCCCCGGCUCCGUGUUCCUGCUCUCCCGCGGCGCCUUCACCUGCCCCGCCAACCUGCCGCCCUGGCGCAGCGGCGGCUCGGGCGCGUACAGAAAGAGCCACCGGAGGGCGCCGUCCUGCGAGAACGUACCCGGCCUGGAGCGGCUGCUGAAGGCGUGGGCCCUGACUGAGCUGCCCCAGAACACGGCCGCCGCCUCCGGCCCCAGGGGGCCCCUGGAUCCGUACGAGCCGCUGCUGCCCCUCCUGAUGGGUCCCUGCAUGAGCCUGUGGAGGGAGUGCUACCUGCGGGGGGCGCUGCACGCUCAGGCCUUCUCCCACCCGGUGUCGGCCAACCGGCCCCACCCAGUGGACCGUCUGGCCCAGGAGGUGCAGCAGCUCCGGGACCAGCUGGCCCAGCUCUCCCCCUGCGCUGCUCCUGACUCGCUCACCGUGACCUCUGACCCCCGGCGACCCGACACCAAUAUGAACCAGAGCACCAACAACAGCACCUUCCUUUACUCGCCGCUCCGGCCCAAAACCACCCCCCCGUCUACCUCCACCAACCAGCACACCUCCAGGGGCCCCACCUGCAGGGGCCCCACCUCCAGGGGCCCCACCUGCAGGGCCCCCACCUCCGCCUCGGCGCCGCCUCCCAGGCCCACCAGGGACGGCCCUAAACACUCCUUCCUGUUCGGACACUCGGCGGUAGCAGAAACACGGUCAAACCCUCGCUACCAUCCGCCGCCCGGCGCCGCCAAGCUGCCUAAAAGCAACGGCUCGUCGCUCACUUCCUGAGAUCCAGGAGCCUGUGAAACCAGUAUGAGACCCUGUUGGUCCCGUCAUGUGUGACAACGGGCCUGGAAGAAGAACUCUGCUCUGUGCUGGACAGACAAACAACCAUUUCUACUUUUUCUUUCAAAUGAAAUCAGACUCAACAGAAAUGCAAAAAUUGAAGCCGUUGAACUUCACAGAGACUCGGUUCUGUUUCCACACUGCUCAGAUGAACUGGGAGGUUGCUGGACUGGACCGGACCGGACCUGUUCAGUGCUGUCCACCUCUACGCUGUGUGAUUACUCAAUAUGCAAACAGAUUUGUUCUUGUCGACGGUUUCUGAAAGCUGCCGGUGCUUCAACCUCCGGCUUCAAUGAGGAAUUUAGGACAUGAGAUCUAUUUUUGGUCUUGUAUCCCUCCGCCGCUGCAUCUCCAGAGCAGCGAGAGGGCCUACUUUCACUCCCCAGUAUUAAAUGUGUCUGCAGGCACAGCUCAGAUCGUCUCGCAGGCAGGAGAGUCAGAUUUUGUCACAUUGUUGUAGAAAUCUGCCUCCAGAACUUUUUCGUUUUUCUAAAACAUAAGUCUGAAUUUUUAUAUUUAAAUUGCAUCCUUUAUCUUUCAUUUGCCACAAUUCAUCUUGACCACUUUACUGCUAUUUUUGUAAGUAUUUUCUGGUUUUGAGUUCCAGCCUGAUCCAGUCUAAGUUUCAUACAUCUACAUUACAUCAUACAGCUAAAAAAAGCAGUGAAAUGUCCCUUUAAGACAUCUGAAUCAGCAGCCUGGCUCAUCCAGAUGAAACCAGAGGAUUGCUCAAGUAUUAAAUUCUGAAACUGAAAGAUGUCAGUGACGUAGUUCUGAGUGUUAUUUAGCAAUUCUCGAUGUUUGGAGUCAUUUCUGAUCAGGUUAGUGUUUUUUAAGAGGACACCAGUAUCGGCAGCAAAGGGAAGCUUUGCUUAGUUUAGUUUUUCUGCUUCCUUCAUUUGAAAGCGGGAUAACAGCCAUCAGUCCUGAUGUCCUGCCGGACAAUACCUCAGUCGAUUAUUGUAAAUAUUCAUCAACAUCAAAACACUCAGCUUGCCAACCUGUUCCUCUUCCCCAUGAACUCGUCACUCUUCUCAUGGAAAAUUUCACCUCUGCUGCUCUGGUUUCAUCUCUUAUUUAAAGUUUUUGGUACGGAUGUUGUUUAAAAUUAAAAGUUUGCCAGAUGUAAAUAUAUUUUUUUUGUACCAGCAUGUUUUGCUUGUGAUGAACAAAGUGUUUCUCAUUUCUGCUCAUGAAAACAUGAAUUUCCCCGAAUAAACACGUUGUCGUACACAG